AUGGCAGUGGCAGAUCUACUGGUUGUCAUUCUUGACCUGAUACUGAGGCACAUUCCAAUUGUUUAUAACGAACAGUUUCUUUUCCUGGAGUCCAUCCACGUGUGUAAUAUCCAUGCCAUCCUGAUUUUUACAGCCACUGACUGUUCUGUCUGGUUCACCAUCGCUUUCACUUUUGAUCGCUUUGUGGCCAUUUGUUGCCAGAAGCUGAAAACUAAAUAUUGUAGCGAGAAAAUGGCAGCUAUGGUUCUGGGAACAGUGACUGCGCUGAGCUGUCUGAAGAACGUUUUCUGGUAUUUUAUGCUCACUGCUCGGUAUUCGAUGAGGAAUGAUCCAUGGUUUUGCGAUGUGUCAAUCAUGACUCUGUUCUCUCGCAUCUGGGUAACAAUCGAGUUCCUCCAUCACAUUCUAACCCCAGUCAUCCCAUUUUCUCUUAUUCUAUUGCUUAACGCUUGCACUAUCAGACACAUUUUAGUGAGCAGCAGAGCCCGCAAGAGACUCUGGGCUGGCAGCAGUGGGGAGACUCGUAGAGACGCGGAGAUGGAGAAUCGUCGGAAAUCUAUCAUUUUACUGUUUGUCAUCUCAGCAAAUUUCAUCCUGUUGUGGGUAAUGUUAAUGGUGUAUUCCUUGUGUAGGCGGAUGUGGUUAUUAGGCUAUCGGUCUGUAUUUAUACACGCUUUUGUACAGGAGUUGGGUUUCACGCUGCAGCUCCUCAGUUGUUGCACUAAUACUUGCAUUUAUGCAGUGACCCAGACUAAAUUCAGGCAGCAGUUUAAGAUUGUGCUGAAAUGUCCUUUUAUUCUAAUUGCUCAAUUCAUUCAAUGA